UAGCUAACCUGUCUGGUUCUUGACAUAAUUGGCUUUUCAAUUUGUAUGGAUUACAAAUAUUAGGGAAUUCUCAAUUUACUUCCAUCUGCUACUUUUUGUGGCUAAAACUAGUGCAUCAUUUUUGUGGGUUCAUCGCUGCUGACAGGACUGCUAAACAUUCCAUUAUCGGCGAUGUUUUUGGUCUUCUUUCAGCAGUGUGUUAUGGCCUAUUCACAGGUAGGAUAUUUAUCAGUGCUCCUCAAGAAAUCUACUGGAUCAGGAGAAAAGGCAGAUAUGGAGAGGUUCUUCGGAUAUCUAGGCUUGUUCACUUUGUUUGGCCUUUGGUGGCUUGUGUGGCCAUUAAAUGUUGUUGGGUUGGAACCUAAGUUUGAUUUCCCAAGCUCAGCUUCUAUUGCCGAGAUUGUGCUGCUGAAUGGAUUUAUAGGGAGUUUUCUCUGUGACUACUUAUGGGCUCUUUCAGUAGUAUGGACAACACCAUUAGUUGCUACACUGGGCAUGUCAUUGACCAUACCCCUUGCUAUGAUCGCUGACAUGCUAGUUCAUGGACGUCGUUACUCUGCAGUGUACAUUCUUGGAUGCAUUCAGGUUUUUCUUCAAUAAAGCUAUUACUUUUCUACA